AUGGAGUUCUUCCCCGACGGGCACCACGUGCGGCUGCGGAGCCGCGUUCACGGCACGUACCUCCACGCCGACGACGACGGGGUGGGCGUCUCUCUGCGCCCGCGCCGCGCCGCACGCGCGACGAUGAACGCGGCGUGGCGGGUGCAGCGGCUCGUGCGCGACGGCACCACCUACGUCCUCCUCCAGGGCGCCGCCUACGGCCGGUACCUCGGGGCCUCGUUCGCGCCGGCGCCGCCCGGCCACCGCGGCCAACGCGUCCACCAGCGCGACUACGACGAGCCGGAGGUGGACGCCAUCAUGUGGAAGGGCGUCAGGGCGGAGGACGGGGAUGCGGACGACGUCGUCGUGCGCCACGUCACCAACCGCCUCCUCCGCGCCAACGGCAGGUACCGCCCGUGGUACACCGACGUCUCCGUCGAGGACUACGACAACCUGAGCACGAUGAUGCAUUGGGUGGUCGAGGGAAUCCCCCCGAGACCAGGGCCGCCAGUUCUUCCAGGUCCAACUCCGUUCUUGGGCGCGCUCCCAGGAAGCAGUAGUUCUCGGUUCUUGACUUUCUUCUCCUCUGCAUUUGGUUCACUUUACUGCUUUGGGGAGCAGUUUGGGAUUAUUAAGAAUAAUCCAGGAGGAGGCUUCGGCGGCCUGUUCCGCCGGCACGCCCAGCCCGUGGUGGAGCCGUGGCGGACGAUCCGGUACGUGCGAGCGGACGAUUUCGGGAACUUCAACCAGCUCGGAUGGGCCACGUUCCAGUUCCACGGCCGGUCCGUGUUCAACCUGAGGACGGAGGUGGCGCACCAUGUGGGCAAUGCGAUCUUCUUCUUCGGCAUCACGGUGUGCGUCCGGCCCGGCGUCUACGGGCGGCUGACCCCUCUGGUCAUCGACCUGCAUCGCAGCGAGGAGACCAUGGACAUCAUCGUCCUCACCACCGGGUCGCCAGCUGCUGAGGAGUUGCGAUACCCAAAUGUUGAUGCGCCAUAG